CCGCCCCGCCCGCCGGCUCAUCGCAACCCCACCCAUCGAUCGCCCGAGAGAUCGCCGGACUCCGACGCGAACCAGACCUGUGUGUGUUCCCGAGCGUGAGACGAGGAUGUCGGGCGCGGGGGAGGAGGACAAGAAGCCGGCGGAGGGCGGCGCCCACAUCAACCUCAAGGUCAAGGGACAGGAUGGCAACGAGGUGUUCUUCCGCAUCAAGAGAUCCACCCAACUGAAGAAGCUGAUGAACGCCUACUGUGACCGCCAGUCUGUUGACAUGAAUGCCAUUGCAUUCCUGUUUGAUGGCCGUAGGCUCCGUGGCGAGCAGACCCCUGACGAGCUCGAGAUGGAAGACGGCGACGAGAUCGAUGCCAUGCUUCACCAGACCGGAGGCUGCGUGCCUAGUGCGUAGAAGCGGCAACCUUGUGGAUGAGUUGAGUAAAUUAAAGUCUUAAGGAACUUGUGAAGCUCUGGCUCCAUGUGUGCCAUUGCUGAAGGGCAUCAGUAGCCUUGUUUAUUAAUAUUUGGUACUUAUCUACCACCUAAUAUAUCCCAUCAUCAUUGUACUCCCAA